AUGGCGACGCCAGCGCUAGCACCGGCUGCCUUGCCAGUCCGCUCAGCAGCAGAAAUUACCGGUGAACCAGCGGGAAUAGUAUCACCUUCAGCAGAAACAGCAACAGGACAAGCUGCAGCAGCAGCAACACAAGCAGCCGUCGUAUCUCCGCCAGCACCUGUACAAGUUGCUGCUGUGGGUGAGGCGACAGCCGACAAUCCUGCUGCUAUGCCGGAGACCGAGUCCGAGUCCACAGCAGCAGCACCAGCAGUAUCUCAGGCAGCAGCAAAGCGGCAGUUGUUGGAAUGCAUCAUAUGCAAGAAGGAGUCACCUCCUUACCGCUGCCCGCAGUGUCUGCUGCGUACCUGCUGUCUCAAGUGCUAUCGGCAGCACCUGCUGCUGCAGCAGCACAUGAUUCGCACGCGCAGCCAAGAUCCCAUGCUGGCUCAUCUUGAGGGAGAAGCAGCGGCUGACGCAGCCAUUGCUGCUGCUGCCAGGUCGCCUAACAGCCCAGUUCCGGCAGACGCACAAAAAGCAAAUGGAGCACCAACGGCUUUCUCCGCUGCAGUCUCCACUCCACUUAGAGAAGCCGCAGUAACUGCGCCUCCUGCAAAUUCGUCUUUUCCCCUUCAAGCAGAAAGUGCAACAGAAGAAAAAGAAGCAGCAUCCUCACUAACAGAGCCAGCAGCAGCGCCUGCAGCAGCAGCACUGUCAUCCGCCGUUGCUUCUCGAGUGCCCUUACGCGUCAGUUACUGCCCCUUGAGUUCCAUGGGCAAAAAAGAAUUCGAUCGCGACAUUUCGCUUCUCGAAAAUGCAGCAAGGGCCAUUGAAGCAGCGCAGAGGCAGCGGCUGCAGCAGCAAGAGCCCAGACGCCGGAAAGGGGCCCACCCAGCUCAGCUGCGCAGUGUCUGUCUCCGCCGUGGGAUCGACUUUUUGUUUUUGCCGCCGACUCAUUCCAGACGAGUUCACAAUAGGACCAAAAUACUGGUCCCACGCAAGCUGCAGGGGCAGCAAGGCCAGCAGCAGCAAAAACAGAAUGAGCUACAGGAAGAGUCGAAAGAUCAGACACAUGAUCACCAGUUGCAGGAGGAUUGCCACGACGCAGACAUGAACCAGCAAAGAGAGCAGCCGCGGCGGCGACAGCAGGAGCAGCAACAGCAGGAACUGGUGGGGCAGGAGGGCGGAGAGCGCCAGGAGGCUGUUGUGGCUGAUGCCGAAUCUGCGAGUGAAGAGUCCCCCCAGCAACAUCAGCAGCAGAAGACGCGCGCCGCCGAAUCAGUGAUAUGUUGGGAUGUUUGCUUUCGGUUGCCAAGUGCUGAGGGAUUCCGGCUGCCGCUGAUGCUUCGGGAGGACGUGCCUUUGCAUCAGCACGCGUUGCUGCUGCAACAGCACUGCUGCAAGAAACUGGAACAGCAGCACGCCCAGAAGAGACCAGGCAACGCAGCAGAACUCUCAGAGGGAUGCCUGUUGCUUCAACGAUGUGCCGCCGGACCCCUGCUGCAAGUAGCAGCAGCAGCAACAGCUAACACAACAGCAACAGCAGAAGCAGAAAGAACAAGCGCAUCGGAGCCAGGUGACGCAACGGCGGCCAGAGGAUCAGCAGCAGCCUCGCAGUCAACAGCAGGGAAGGGCUUUCGGUUGUUGCUGCCGAUCACUGCAGCGCACGCGGGCGUCACCUUGCAGCCGCAGGCAAACAGUGCGACAGCAGCAUAUUCAGCAGCAGAAACGGCAACACACGAUGCGACGACAGCGGAAGCAGGCUCCGCCGAAGUAUCCCCACUAGGCGCUGAGGCAGAAGCAGCAGGAACAACUUCAGCAGGAACGCCCUCCACUGGGCUCAUUCCUGCGUAUCUUUUGCCUUGGGAGUUGUCUCUUCAAGAAUGCUUGAAGGGAACAACAGUAGUGGAGCAUCCCGAUGUGAUAGUGGCGCUUCCUGAAGAGCUCAGCAGAUAUACUUGCUGGCAGCCACCCUGCAGAGGAGGCCCUCAUUCUCGACUGUUACCGCGUUCGCCCCCACCUCCACCACCUGAAGAACCUUACCAAUGUAAGCAACAGCAGCAGCAGCCUCAGCAGCAGCAGCCGCAGCAGCAGCAGUCGCAACAGCAGCAACCACAACAGCAGCAGCAGCAGGUACAGCAACAGUGCGCUCGGCCGUGUCGGGUGCAGCCAGGCGGAAGGGAGCGAGACGGAUCAGGUUUCCAGGGGAGCGAUUUGCGGCUCACAGUGCAGCACCAGUCACAGCAGCAGCAGCAGCAGCAUCAGCAGCAGCAGCUCCCCCAAGUGUAUGCGGACCAGCGUCCACGUGCGCCGAUAAGGUACAACCAUCAGCAACAUCGGCACCAGCAGCGGUGGCCGCAAGAGGCUCCUGACCAGCAACACCAGCACCUGCAGCUCCAGAAGUCGCAGGUAGCCCUUUCGUACAGCCAGCAGCAGCAGCAGCACAUGCAGGGACAACACUGUAUGCAGUCACCAGAGCAACAUAACAAGCAAAGUGUGCAUCAGCAGCAUAGGCAGCAGCAAAACUUUCAGCAGCAGCCGUACGGGCAGCCACGCAUGUUCCCCCAGCAGCCUAUGCAGCCCCCUGCUCCACCUCCACCAGAGCAGCAGCAGCAGCAGCAGCAGCGCCAGGCACAUUUACAACAUCGUGCUUAUCCACAACAGCAGGGUCUGAUGCAGCAGCAGCAGUACCAGCAGCAGCAACAAUACCACCAGCAACAGCGGUUGGGCUCCCAGCAGGAACAGCAAUCCCCGCAUCAACAACAAUAUUUCCAGCAGCAGCAGUAUGCGCAGCUGCAUCAGCACCAGCCUCAGCAGCAGCAGUAUCAACCGCAGCAGCAACCACAGCAGCAGUAUCCGCCGCCUCCGCAGCAGCAGUAUCCACAGCAACAGCAACAGCAGUGUCAGAUUCAGCAGAACAGUGCAUCACUGCAGCAGAGGUGCUCACAGCCGCCGUUGCAGCAGCAACAAGGCUCUCAUAGCUGGCACGGGGUGAAGCGCCAACAGCAAGGAGGUCCCCCAGGUGGCUUCAAAAGGCGCAAUUGCGCCCGUACGGACCAGUAG